CCCAGUCUUGUGCGUAGCAAGUGGGCAGGCUCGUUGUAUCGCUUGUGAAAUUUGUGAAAAAGUACACUUUGUGCACAAACUGCUGAUCUUGGAAUGUCUGGUGGUCCAUCCAUAACGCUAAAAAGUCAACCAAUCGAUGGUAACAACACGGGCAACGCUGCGGCGCAACAGCAGCAGCAGGGAGCGAAUGGCGCAGCAUCUUCUGGUGCAUCUGGAGCCGCUGGCAACGCUGGCGCCGCCCAGAAUCCAGGACACGGAGGAACUGCGGGCGGAGCAGGCAGUGCGCCGGCGGAGGGUACGCGGCAGAACAGCCUGCAGCGGAUCCAGCAGCGAAAGCUGAAGGUCUUCAAUCUGCCCGUGCCACAGAAAUUGGCCAAACUGUCGAUGUAUUCCGCCUGCCAGUCGGAAGGAUGCCGCUGCACCGGAUGGAAAACACCGCAGGAAAAUCGCCACCGUGACGUGGAAUCUUCCUACUGUCCGGAGUUCAACGAGGAGUGCCGCAACGCCAGCUGUCGGCAUUCACUGAGGUCGCACAUAGCCCAUCUGGACAACAUAUCCAGUUCCAGCAUGGACGAGUUAUUGGGCGCCAUCAUAGACAUGGAGAACCUAUUCAUGUCCAUGCAGCGCGUCGAGGACGAUGACACCAAGAAGGUGUACCUGUAUCUCUUCCGUUUGCUGCGCCAGUGCGUCCUCACGCGCCAGCAGGCGGUCAUCCGGGGUCCUCUCGGUGAUCCGCCAUUUGAGGCGCCCUGCAUCACUAAGGCUGUGCUGUCGCUGGUCUUCUACAAGUACAAUCACCUCACUACGCCGGAACUCCAAACCAUGACCGAGGUGGCCAAGACGUUCUUGAACUUUCUGAAUCACUACAACUUUGAAUCGCCGUCGACAAGAAGGGGAGAUCUCACCCACGAGGAUGCCUCUAACUACAAAAUCAACUACACUAGGUGGUUGGUCUUCUGUCACGUGCCCGCCUUUUGUAACUCCCUUCGCCAAUUUGAAACGUCCCUAGUCUUUGGACGAACGCUCCUGCGCACUGUUUUCCAGUGCAUGUCGCAGCAGCUCAAGAAGAAGUGCAUCUCCGAGCGGGAUCGCUUUCCCGAGGACAAGCGUUCGAUCAUCACGCAGAUGCCCAAGUUCCUGGAAACCCUUCGCGCCGAAUUGCUCAAGGAUGAUUCGCCCAUUUGGGAUCCCAGCUACCGCCCGCCAAAUUCCUUUGUCAUCCAGCAGAGAAAGCGUCAUCAGGAGGUGGCAACUGUACCCAUUGGUGCUAGUGUAGCAAGCAUCGGUGGCAAUAAGAGGGCCAGUGUGGGUGAACCGCUCCAAAAGAGAAUCAAAAAGGAGCCCACAGAUCGAUCAAGCAGUGAGAACUUGGAUGACCUGCCCACGGAUGUAGUGAUGCACGCCAUGAAAUCGGUGUCAGAGUCGAAGACCACCAACAAGGCGGAGAUACUCUUCCCGGUAAAUGUGUCGCGCGAUGAGAACGUGAAGGCGGAGGAGCAGAAGCGUGCCAUUGAGUUCCAUGUGGUGGGCAAUUCACUGACUAAGCCGGUGGACAAGCAGACUGUUUUGUGGCUACUGGGCCUGCAGCUCGUAUUUGCCUAUCAGCUACCCGAGAUGCCACGCGAGUACAUCAGCCAGUUGGUUUUUGACACCAAGCACAAAACCCUGGCGCUCAUCAAGGAAAACCAGCCCAUUGGCGGCAUCUGUUUCCGCCCAUUCCCGUCGCAGGGUUUCACCGAGAUCGUUUUUUGUGCGGUCACCAUGUCGGAACAAGUGAAGGGCUAUGGAACGCACUUGAUGAACCACUUGAAGGAUUACAGCAUACAGAGAGGCAUCAAGCAUCUGCUCACAUUCGCCGAUUGCGAUGCCAUCGGGUACUUCAAGAAACAGGGUUUCUCCAAGGAUAUCAAGUUGGCGCGACCAGUUUAUGCGGGCUAUAUCAAGGAGUACGAUAGUGCCACUCUGAUGCACUGCGAGUUACAUCCAAGCAUUGUGAACACACAGUUCAUAGCUGUGAUUCGCAAACAGAGCGAGAUUCUGAAGGAGCUAAUCGCCCAACGCCACAACGAGGUGCAGAAAGUCAGGCCCGGCUUGACUUGCUUCAAGGAAGGCCUGCUCUCCAUUCCCGUGGAAUCGAUUCCUGGCCUGCGAGAGAUCGGUUGGAAGCAGCAAAUUCGCCCGGCACGGUCAUCGCGACCCCUCGAGGAAUCCUCCGAUCCAGAGAAGCUGGCCACGUCCUUUGCAUCUGUGCUGCAGUCCGUGCGCCAACACACCAGCGCCUGGCCCUUCCUGCGCCCGGUGACCGCUGCGGAAGUUCCGGACUACUACGAUCAUAUCAAGUACCCGAUGGACCUGAAGACCAUGGGAGAACGCCUGAAGAAGGGAUACUACCAAACGCGCCGCCUGUUCAUGGCGGACAUGGCCCGCAUCUUCUCCAACUGUCGGUUCUACAACUCGCCCGACACUGAGUAUUAUCGGUGUGCCAACUCCCUGGAGCGCUACUUCCAGACCAAAAUGCGCGAGCUGGGCCUGUGGGACAAAUGAUGCAGUGAUUCUGAGGACUGAGGAGCCCUGUAUAAAUGCGAAUAAUUAAUCUAACGAACAGAGAAUAUUACUUCUAUUUAUUUCUAGAAUUCUCUGCAGCAAAAGACAAACGCGGAUAGUUAUAUAUAUAUAUAUGUAUAUUAUAUAUAUAAUUAUAUAUAUUAUACAUAUGUAGGUUAAGCGUAGUAUCCGUCUUGUUCUCUUAGACGGACACGCGAUUUCAUUGGGAAGAAUAAAUCAGAUCUAUCUAUCUACUAA